AUGGAAGGGCCGAAGAAGCACGAGGACGCCUCCCAGCGGGGCAUCACGCGCCAUCAUGUCUGGAGGAGCAAGACCGGUGAUUUCACAGUAAUCAACCUCCGAGACCCGAGUGAGCUGCUGGGGAUUCAAGAAGCGCCGGCCCUAACUCCGCCAGCUCAAACGAAGCAGGGAGCCGCCACCUCCCCGCCACCGCCGCUGCGACAGUCCGCAGCACGACAGAUGACCGGAAAGCAGGAGAGCCUCAAUGCCCUUUUGGCCAAGCUGCAGCUGUGCCGUCCAGUGCAAGAGUCGGGGUCGCAGCAGCCGACGGUUGCCAAGCAAACGCCGACCCCGACGCAGUCUCCAGCGAGCACCGUGCCUCCUGCUGCCCCCAGUGCGGCGGGUUCUUCAGCCUUAUUGCCGACGGCCCGUGCCCCCUCGCCGGCUGCUGCGAUGUCGGAGGCGAACGAUCCCUCCUUUCCUGACCCUAAGGAGUCGUUAUCGAGCCCCUCCGGCCAGUUCGAGUUUAUCACAGGCACAAACAUUCCUGGCCAAGGAGUUGUGAAGAGGACUGAAGCCGUUGAUGAAUCAUCCAGCAUGGCCCUCUUCCACGACCCGCUCUGGGGAGGCUCUCUGGACGCGUUCGCGCUGCCGCAGCCCUCGAAGCCAUCCCCUAAGCCCCAGCUUCGUGCCUCUCUGUCGGAGCUGUACGCUAGCGCUGCCUCCAACAACGCCAGCGCGUUCGCGUCCCCGCCGAUGCCGGCGCCACAGCUCCAAGAGGUGACAUCUCCUUCCGCCACCACGGUGACAACGAGCCCAAUGCCGACUACGAUGACGUCUCCGACGAUGCCGAUGAUGGGCGGUAUCAUCCAGCCCCCUACUCCACCGCAGCUGAACACACCUUAUCCAAUGUACACGCUGCCUAUUCAGUACAUGGUGCAACCGCCGCAGUUCCUCACUGGGAUGGUGUACAACGCGCCGAACUUGUUCCCCUACGGUGCUACUGCGAUGAUGAUGACGCAGCCGCAGCACAUUCCGCACGGUUAUGCAAUUCCUACCGCUGCAAUGGUGAGGCCUGGCACCAAUGUCAAGGCGAUGCCGUUUGUUCCUGGAAACAAGAUGUGA